AUGAGUUCACGUAACAGCUCAUCCAAUAACGGGUCGGGAAACGGGAACCUAAACCCUCAAGCCGCAGCGUUUACGCCUGAACCCACAAUACCCUCUGUAGCAUUCCGCCAUGCUCUCGAUGUUCUUCGCACUACUUUCACCAGCAUAGAAAACAACGAUGCCACAGUCAUGCAGCAUUGCCUCGGUCUCUCUCAGAUUGAUAUUCCCAGCUCUGAGCGCCUCGCCCUGGAACUUUCACGAUACAUCAUCGUAGUUUCCAUUGACACUGAGGCAUGGACCAACAACGGCGACGAGAUGACAGAAGUAGGCAUGGCCAACUUCUCGCUUCAAGAUAUGCGCGCUGUUGUCAACACUGGCAAGCUCGGCGAUCACGGAGAGUUCCUGAUGCAACGCAUAAGGUUCUACUUCUUCCGCAUCAGGGAGCACGCCCACCAGAAGGGGAACACGCUCGACAUGCGUGGAGCAGAGGGCAACCGCUUCGGCGAAGGACGGUUCGUUACAUUCCCGGAGAUGCGUCAAAUCCUGCAGCAAUGCUUCAAUGUGCCGAUUCCCGGCCGAACAGGCUGGAACUGCCCUGUUGUCGUCCUUGGACAUGCCAUCGGCCACGACAAAGAGAAUCUGGCCAGAGAGCCACUCAGCUUCGAUGUAGAAGCAACCGGCAACGUGAUCAGGUAUAUCGACAGCCAGAGGAUUUCACGCGACACUGGCCUGUCCGACGCCUGCAACCUGGGCAAGGGUAACGAGAUCGGUCUCGAUCGUCUUGUCACAGAGUUGAAGUUUCGACACUCUGACCCCCACACGGCUUGCAACGACAUCGCCCGAACAGCGAUCUCCGCUGUCCAACUAGUCCUUCAGAAGCGAGACCAGAGCCGCGCAGACGCCGACAAGCUGAAAACAAACUCCCGCAAGACAAUGCAACUCGUCGCCGACGAGCUGGAGACAUACAGCCGCCGCAACUUCCGGUCGAUUGGUGGUGCUGAGAAGUACUGCUGGCGAUGCGGCAGUGUCGGACACAUGAUUGGCGAGUGCAGAACGCCGGUGCGGUGCAAGAAGUGUGCCGGUGAUGGCCGUUCAAGAGCUCACGUAGAGUCUCACACCACCAUCCACUGCCCGUUUGCUGCGCAGGAGCGAGGCGAGGCGCGCCGACAGUUACAUGCGAUGGAGAGGGAGCGGAAGAAGGCCGAGAAGGCUGCCGCUGCACGACGG